GAUUGCCCAACUCUCUGUCUGGCCUGAAGCUUUGGCGUCACAAGUGGAUACAACAAUCAUUUUCUACUUCAAGGUUAAUUUAAGAAUCCCAGCUCCCUGAAGACACAUACACACAGGCCCCUGGUGUUUUACCUCUUCAGGGCAGACAUGAGCAGAGAGCAGGGGAUCUACACAGAAGUGAAUAGUCACAACCCCAGGAAGGAGCAACAUAGAAGAAAACCUGAGAAUGUCAAGAGCAAAAGCAGAUUACACAAUCCACACUCUCCAGGACAAUCUCCAUCCUCUAUCUGGAGACUCAUCAGUCUGACUCUGGGAAUCCUAUGUCUCCUGCUGUUGGCAGCAGUGGCUGGAUUGGCUACUAUAAGAGCACAGCGAGACAGGAUCUCAUCAGAAAGUGCCAGGAAAGUAAAUGUUUCUGUUGUCACGGCAGCCCCCAUCCAAGGGUACGAACACACCUCACAAGCCACGGGACAGCAGGAAGGUUGUCACUGCCGCCUGUGCCCGGAGCCUUGGUUUGGAAAUGGAAAGAGCUGUUACCAAAUUUCAUCUGAACAGCUAAACUGGGAAAAGAGCAGAGAUGCCUGCACCUCUAAGAACGCCUCCCUUCUUCAGAUCGACAGCAGUAAUGAGCUGGAUUCCAUUCAAACUCUGCCGAUGAUGGGAUGGAUUGGGAUCUUCCGGGAAUCACCUGUUAAGCCUUGGAGAUGGCUGAAUGGCUCUAAACUUUCUCUUGGCCUAAUUCAAUUAAGCGGCGUUCAAGGAAAAGGGAAUUGUGUUGUGUUCAGAUCAAAAGACGGCCCCUUCAUUGGUGAUUGUUCAUCCAAAUUUGCCUAUAUCUGCAAAUCAUAGGCCUGAUCAAUAUAAUUCAUUCUGGAAGAAUUCAGCCAAGGAAAAAGCCCAACUGUGGACAUCGUCAAAAGUGAGAAGUUUGACAUCAUUUGUCAGCCAAAGUUUCCCUGUGCUGUUUUCACUAAGCAGCAUCUGUAUUCCAAAUACUGGACACCAUCAUUGGUGAGAGAUAGAAGGCGAUGGACUGGAUUUUCAGGCUGGGGAGACACCCUUAUCUGCAAGGCAUCCUGCCAGUCACUCAGAGAGCUUCUUCAGUGCCUUUCAUUCCCCAUGGAAUUGCUGAAGAUUUCACCACCAA